CGAGAGAGGCUGCUAGAAAAUAUAGUCACUAUUUUACACGUAUUCGUGUUGUUUGCUAAAUUAUUGACAUUAACUUUGCACGAGAAAAAGGUGAGAGUGAUGUACGAAAUCAUAGUAAAUAAUUGGAAAAUUAUCGUGGACGAGGAAGAGAAGAAGAUACUUAUUAAUUACUCCGAUAGAGGACGAUUUUUUACGAUUCUUUAUUCUCUAUUUUUGACAUCAAUUUGCAUAUCAUUUGUAUUGUUUCCACUGAUGCCAGCUACAUUACAUAAACUGAAAAUAUUGUCAAGCCAUCAACCGCUUAUUUUCAUUAUGAACGGCGAAUUCAUCGCGGAUAGAGAAUCUCAUUAUUGGAAGAUUUAUUUGUUCGACUGUAUGACGUGCCUGACCGUACUGGCUAUUUACACUCCAAUUGACGGCAUGUACAGAGUGUGUGUCGAGCAAUGCUUUGCCUUAUACUCUAUUAUCACACAUCGUUUGCUCAAGCCUUAUGCCAUUUUGAAGGAUCAAACAACGCUAGCAGACGAAGUUUCAUACAAACGGAUAUUGCAGAUUAUCAAGUUGCAUAAAAGAACUCUUAGGUUCAAUAAAUCACUGCAAGAAUCAUACUCGGCUUGCUUUUUAAUGAUAUUACUAGCAAAUGUCGUCGAAAUUCCUGUUGGCUGCAAUUUGUUGUUGAUGACUGCGGGUAGUGAUUCCAUAAACUGUUUUCGUUAUUCUACCAUUGUAGCUACAAUGUUUGCUCAUUUAUUGUGGGUUUGCUGGCCAGGACAGAAACUCAUCGACCACAGUAGUCGACUUUCCUUUGAUGCUUAUUCUAGCGAGUGGUAUCGAUUUGCAAAACGAUCGCGUACCUUGCUCAGGAUCUUCAUGCUUCGAUGCACGGAACCUGUUUGCAUUACUGCCGGCGGACUAGUCGAUAUAAACAUGGCGAAUUAUGCCUCGACUGUGCGAAAAGCUUUAUCAUAUACGGCGGCAGUAUCGUCGUUCCAAUAAAAUUUUCCAUGUAUCGUUUGGAUUUAUAGUAUUUCAAAAUCAAGCUAUAUUUUUUUGGAAAUUGUAGUCUUAAUUCAUAAUAAUUGUAACGUAAGA